GUAGUUAUUGAGAUCAGCCGUGUGUCUGACGCUGACAACGCCCACCGCAGCAGGGUGGUCAGCAAGCUGCCACAGUUUUCCAGGCCGCUGGCCGGGGUCUGCCUGUGUCAGCGUCCUUUCGUUGCUCCUGCUGAGCAGAGCAGCUUGGAAGAUAAGGCCCGAGGAAGCUUUGUGCAGACUGGAGUCCUGCUCACCAGCUUCCUUCCAGUGGGGUCUCUGAUGUCCUCUGGCCGAGAUCGCAGCCUCCUGAGGUUCUCCGGGGAAGGCACGCUCCAGGAGGUCAUGGGUCAGGAGGCCUGGGCCAUCACCCAGGUGAGUGUGGAUGAAGCCCACGUCCAUGCCCAGGCCCUGCCCAGAGGUGGUCUUCCCCGGGGUUGGGGUGGGGGCGGCGAAGGAGCAGCCGCCCUGAGUGCCAGGCGGUGCCCUUUACCGGGAGCUCCGGGCAGGCGACCCCCGUCUCCCUGGGAGCCGGGACCACCUGAACGGCGCCUAAGACCAGGGAUCCGCGUCCUCCAAGGGGCGCAGACAGACUUCAAAACGCUGCAAUUAAGUGGGAGCUGCCAAGAUUACAGGGCGAUACUAGCUGUCAUUAAGCGAUUUCUGUGUGAAGGCGGCGAGCGGGCCUUCCCACGGAGGCCUGAGAGGGCCUCGGACCCGCGCGCCUGCAGGCGCUUGGAUAAACACCGGUCCUUGUUGGGCGUAUGUCCGACAGACGGGCGCAUGCAUCGCCUUUGCGGAGACAUCGACGUGGCUGCGUGCGGGGCGCCCCAGGCCCGGCCCGUCCCGCAGAACCGCAGCGCUCGCCCCGGGGCAGCAAGCAGGCGCCCCACCGACCGGCCGCCCAGAACUUGGCUCCUUCAGCUGAAACAGUCAACAGGGGCUGCCGGGCUGUAG